AUGUUUGGCAAGAUUUCCAUCCCUCUCAUUGCUCUCUUUGGUCUUCUGGCCAAAGCCACCGAGUCUGGCAUUCCGGGCUACAACAUCGUUGACAUAGAAUGGGACGUGCAAACGACUGCCGGGGGCCCUACGGUCAAGGCGAAGGGCACUGUCCAAGAUGUCUAUGCCCAGCUCAAAGACAUCAAUCCUGAAUUUGAAAACGAGUUUCCUCCCGUCAAUAGUACGGACUCCUCUGUGCAUGUGGUGGAUCGUUAUACCGUACAGAGCCACUUCUGCCAGGGUCGGUGGUCCGGGUGUAGCUGGUCGCGUAUCCAGCAGGGCAUCAGCUAUCUGAACGGUGUGCCUGGACGUCCGUCCAAUGGGCCGGGCCCCGGCAAUUGCGGCCGUGUAAGCUGUUCUUAUAACUCUGCCAUUUACUGGUGCAAUGACAACAAUUACCAAUACACACUCAAUGGAUUCUAUGACAUUGCAAGUGGUGCGAACUACAUCGGGCAAACUUGUCUCAUCAACAGCGAUACAACCUCUGGCCAGAUCUUCUACACUGAUAAUUGGAAUGUGGUUGUGAGAGGUGACAGCUGCUAG